AGUGUGAAUUCAGCUUGUUGUCGCAACAUGAAAUUGCUAUUGGCUUUGACUUUCUGCGUGUUGGCGGCUAACGCCAGCGAGAUUCGUGAGAACGGAGAAAAUGGCUGGUAUGUGCCCCAGGCUGAUGGAACAUUCGAAUGGAUGGACAAAGAGGUGGCAGAGAGCUAUUUGGAGGCCCACGCUGAAUUGGAAGGACGUAGCGUGCUGAACCCAGUCACUUUCUACCUGUACACACAAUCCAAUCGCGAUUGGGCUCAAGAGAUUACAGCUUCUUCGUCGUCCAUCUCGAAUUCAUACUUCAAUCCCAACAAUCCCACGCGCAUCACCAUCCAUGGUUGGUCUUCCAGCAAAGAUGAGUUCAUUAAUUACGGCGUCCGUGAUGCUUGGUUUACCCAGGGUGAUAUGAACAUGAUUGCCGUGGAUUGGGGACGUGCCCGUUCCGUAGACUAUGCCUCCUCAGUGGUUGCUGUUCCCGGUGUUGGAGAGCAGGUGGCUAAAUUGAUCAACUUCUUGCGCGAUAAUCAUGGAUUGAAUCUGGACACUACCAUGGUCAUUGGACACAGUUUGGGUGCCCAUGUGUCCGGCUAUGCCGGUAAGAAUGUCAAGAACGGACAAUUGCACACGAUCAUUGGAUUGGACCCUGCCCUGCCUCUGUUCAGCUACGAUUCACCCAGCAAACGUCUCAGUUCCACUGAUGCCUGGUAUGUGGAGUCCAUUCAGACUAAUGGCGGUUCUCUUGGUUUCCUGAAGCCCAUUGGCAAAGGUGCCUUCUAUCCAAAUGGUGGCAAAUCGCAACCAGGAUGUGGUUGGGAUUUAACUGGCUCCUGUUCUCACAGCCGCUCUGUCAUCUACUAUGCCGAAGCUGUCAUUGCCGAUAAUUUCCCCACCAUGCGUUGCGGUGACUACGAGGAAGCCGUAGACAAGAGUUGCGGCAACUCCUACAGCUCAGUUAGAAUGGGUGCUGUUAUUAAUGCCUACAUGGUAUCGGGCGAUUACUAUGUCCCCGUUAACAGUGAAGCCCCCUAUGGCUAUGGCAAUUAAUUGAGUCACAAUAAAAACCACACUGGUUAACUUCA